UUUCAACCACCAAACUCUCUCUUCUUUGUCUCUAAAUAUUCAAGCUUCUAUUCUUGUUGAUCUGCUUGGCGCACACACAUUGUUUACCCCUGAUGGCACUUUCCACGGUGAGACAUAACCACUUUCUGGCCACCCGCGAACCCGGUUUGAACCGGUUCAACAUGGUUCGAGCCCAACACCAUCAUGUGCUUCUUGAUCACCCCAAAACCAAGACCCCCAAUAGAGCUACACGUUUAGCUGAAUCCCUUUCACAUGUCCUUCACCUUCACAUUGACCCCACUUCACACAAAAACUUGGACUUGCUAAGUGUUCAUGAAGAGAAGCACUCAACUCCAACCAUGUCUCCAAGAGAGAACAUAUCACAAAAAUGGCGUGAAAUUCAAGGGUAUCACAAUUGGGAGGACAUUUUAGACCCUCUUCAGCCGUGGUUACGUAGAGAAAUUGUCAAGUAUGGAGAAUUUGCACAAGCAACCUACGAUGCCUUUGACUAUGAUUCUUUCUCGGAAUAUUGUGGAAGUUGUCGUUACAACCAAAACAAGUUAUUUGAGAAAUUGGGUCUCACUAGAAACAGUUACACCGUGACUAGGUACAUAUAUGCCAUGUCACACAUAGAGCUACCACGUUGGCUCGAGAGGUCACAUGUUGCUGACACGUGGAGCAAAGACUCUAAUUGGAUCGGUUUUGUGGCGGUUAGUGACGAUGACGAGACACGUAGGAUUGGGAGGAGGGACAUUGUGGUGGCGUGGCGUGGCACCGUGGCACCGUGUGAGUGGUACGAGGAUUUUCAAAGGAAGUUGGACCCAAUUGGGCAUGGGGAUGCCAAAGUUGAACAUGGAUUUCUUAGCAUUUAUAAAUCCAAGAGUGAGACUACAAGGUACAACAAAUCAAGUGCCUCAGAUCAAGUCAUGAAGGAAGUGACAAAAUUGGUGAAUUUUUAUAAGGGAAAAAAAGGUGAGGAAGUUAGCCUUACAAUCACAGGGCAUAGCCUAGGAGGUGCUUUGGCAUUGAUUAAUGCUUACGAGGUAGCAACUACUUUUCUUGACCUUCCAGUAAGUGUGAUUUCUUUUGGGGCACCAAGAGUUGGAAACAUUGCCUUCAAAGAUGAAUUGCAUCAAAUGGGGGUGAAAUUGUUGCGUGUGGUGGUGAAACAAGAUUGGGUACCAAAAAUGCCUGGGCUUUUGUUCAAUGAGAAGCUAAAAAUGUUUGAUGAGAUUACGGGGUUGGAAUGGGUUUACACACACGUUGGGGCUGAAUUGGCGCUUGAUGUUCAUUCAUCUCCUUAUCUUAAAGGUGGAAUGAACUUGUCAGGGUUUCAUAGCUUGGAGACUUACCUUCAUCUUAUUGAUGGGUACUUGAGUCAUGAGACACCGUUUAGGUCAGAAGCUAGGAGGGAUAUUGCACUAGUUAACAAGUCAUGUGAUAUGUUAGUUGAUGAGCUUAGAAUCCCACAUUGUUGGUACCAAUUGGCCAACAAAGGAUUGGUUUGUAAUGCUCAUGGAAGAUGGGUUAAGCCCAAAAGAGACAAUGAUGAUAUUCCUUCACAUGCUAGCGAAGUAUUCAAUGCUGGUCUUGGAGUUGUAAUGUGAGCAUAUUGGAUGAGUUUGGUCUCCCCUUAAAGAUAAAAAUGCAAAUUUAGGCUAGAAUUAUACGAGAAAGUCUGUACUGAGAAUUUUUUUCAAGCCCAAAUUUUAAGGGAUGCCAAACUGACUUGGUAUAAUGUAAACCUACAUGUUGUGCAUAUAUAAUUAAAUUCUCUCCAUUAGCUAAUUUGUAUUUCAA